CUAUGAUUCGUUGCAACUUCAUGUAUUUGUGGACGCAGGUGAUCAGGCAUAUGGAGCUGUUGCCUAUUUCCGCAUCGUUGAUCAAGGAAUCCCGAGAUGCGCUAUAGUAGCAGCGAAGACAAAAGUAACACCCUUAAAACCACUGUCUGUACCACGAUGUGAAAUAAAUGCUGGUGUGGUCGGUGUUCGACUCAUGAAGACAAUUGAACAAAACCACUCGCUGCAAAUCACGAAACGCUUCCUUUGGACCGAUUCAACGACCGUUUUAUCUUGGCUACGGGCCGAUCCGCGGAAGUAUCGGCAAUAUGUGGCGCUGCGGGUCUCCGAAAUACUCACAGAAAGCGAAUUUAAUGAAUGGUACUGGAUUGCUACAAAAAGGAAUAUUGCCGACAAGACAACAAAAUGGAGCAAUGGACCUGACUUCGAUUCGGACAGUGAGUGGUACUGUGGACCCGAAUUUCUUCUUCAACCAGAAACCGAAUGGGCCAUCAAACAACCAAGCAUGAUAGAUCCACCUGAGGAGCUUAAGGCAGUCAACAUGCAUCAUGAGAUACCCCUGGAUGUAAUACUGGAUUUUUCAGCGUUCUCUCAAUUGAAAGUGUUGCAGAAGAGAUUAGCGUAUCUUCAUCAUUUUCGGCGAUGUUGUGCACUCAAAUCAAGAACACCAACAACUGAAGGCAAGGUAUUAUUGACUCAAGAUGACUAUCAAGCGGCUGAAAAUAGUAUGUGGAAAAUGGUUCAGGCGCAAGAAUUUUCGAAUGAGAUUGCCAUUUUGAAGAGGAAUGCAACUUUAUCAGUGAAUAAGCGAGUUCAUUUAGGAAAAUCCAGCUCUUUAUCUAAACUGUCCCUUUUCAUCGACAACGAUGGAAUACUCCGAAUGAGCAGCCGUAUCGAUCCUGAAGCGGCAUACUAUGCUUACAACUUUCGGAAUCCUAUUGUUUUGCCAAAGCAGAGCCACGUAACAGAUUUGCUAGUGUUUCACUAUCACCAACGAUUCGGACAUGCCAAUGUAGAGAUCGUAGUAAACGAGUUACGGCAGAGAUAUUAUAUACCAAAGCUGCGAGCUGUCGUCAGGAAGGUGGUUAAACGAUGCAUAUGGUGUCGUGUGUUCCAUGCGGCCCCACGUAGUCCGAAAAUGGCAGCGUUGCCUCAACCACGAGUGCAACCUUAUGUACGCCCGUUUUCUUUCGUCGGAUUGGACUACUUUGGGCCAAUGAUUGUCAAGAGGGGACGCACAAACGUCAAAAGGUGGGUGGCACUUUUCACGUGCCUCACGAUAAGGGCAGUUCAUCUGGAGGUGGUGCAUUCCUUGUCGACAGAGUCCUGUAAGAUGGCUAUUCGGCGCUUCAUAGCGCGACGAGGCUCACCGCGAGAAAUCUUUAGCGACAACGGCACAAAUUUCAGAGGCGCUGCAAGAGAAUUGGCGGAAGAGAUUAAAACUAUCAACAGAGCGGAUAGUUCCACAUUCACAAAGGCCGAUACAAAGUGGGAUUUGGCCCCUCCUUCAGCUCCCCACAUGGGGGGAGAGGGGGAGCGAAAGGUUCGCUCCGUAAAAGAGGCUUUCAAAUCGUUAUGUCAUCGAGAUAAAUUCGACGACGAAGAGUUUACUACCUUUCUCAUGGAAGCGGAAAUGAUUGUGAAUUCACACCCAUUGACAUUUGUUCCACUUGAUGAUCCUAACCAGGAAGUGUUGACACCAAACAGUUUCUUAUUAAUGGACUCAAGCGGAGCCAAUAAUGCUCCCCAAAUACCUACAGAGAAUCCCGUUUCGGUGAAGUUGAAUUGA